AUGAGAUGGGGCGCUCGCAUAGCACUAUGUGCUAGUUUAGCACUCAUCUUGCCCUUAUAUCUCUUAAAGAUCCACCUGGAGGACCUCUGCGAUCAGUAUCGCGCGGGCGCAUACCUGAUCAAUUGGCUGGAUUUGCGCCCGCCGAUGAACAGACUAAAUGGCUCCCGUCCUGUCACACCAGGGGAUAAAGUGAUUGUGAUGGCCAAGCUACAGGAAGAACACACUGAAUGGGUCGAGGAGGAGCUACCCGACUGGCAACGAGCCAUAUACAUCGUGAAUCCCUCCAAAAAGGUCGCAGCUGACGACACGACACUUACAACCCCGCUGAACAAGGGUCACGAGUCCAUGGCUUAUCUCACCUAUCUAAUUGAUCAUUACGACAACCUACCAUCUACAAUCGCUUUUCUUCAUUCUCAUCGAUCGGGUUUCCUGAUGGCCUGGCAUGUGGAUGCGCCCUUACACGAUAAUGUCAUUGCGAUGAAAUCCUUACGUCUCAAUUUCGUUCAAGAUAAUGGCUACGUCAACCUCCGCUGCAACUGGAACCCAGGGUGCAAGCAGGGCCAUCGCACCAACCAGCACGUGACAGAAGAAGUCUUUGCAGAGAUCUUCGAGGGCACAAGCACCCCGCCAUUAAACUCCACCGGAGGCCUCACGAUGCAAGAUGAAUACGACGAGGCUAAAUACCAGAAGUUCCUGCAAAUGCCGAAACAGAUUGGCGCGGCGUGUUGUGCGCAAUUCGCCGUGUCACGGGAGCAGGUCCACCAACGACCACGAGAUGACUACAUCAAGAUCCGCCAGUGGAUCAUUGAUACAGACAAGAAUGAUGCCAGUAGCGGUCGUGUCAUGGAAUUUCUCUGGCACGUCAUAUUCGGCAAAGAAUCAAUAUACUGUCCCGACGAAGAAGUCUGCUACUGUCAAGUUUAUGGACAAUGUUGA